AUGAAUGCUUCUAAGGUGUCCAACGCACCAGUCUGUGACUACUGGUGGAUACAAAACUACUCUCUCCUCUACGUUGAUAACUUAUGUGAGGCGCCCACAGAAUUUGCUCUUCUGGGCACAGUCUCCUUCUGUCUCACUCUCUUGAACAUUGUUCUUAUCAUUAUUACGGGAUACUCCGUAAACUGGGUAGGUUGUUCAAACCAAAGCCCUCCUUGUUUUUCUCCUCUAUCACAACUCUAA